UUUGUGCUGUUCCUGUCUCUUUCUCAAAAAUGGACAUUUUUUUUAAAUUACUUUUCAAAAAAAUCAGUACAUUAAUUUACUCCUUGGUUCUCAAUUUUGUUUUCUGUUUACCUUCUUACUAACUAGGAUGUAAGCCUUGAGGAUCAGGGACCUUGCCUGUUGUAUAAUAUUUUCUCUCUUGCAACCAAGAUCAGUGAUUAACAAAGUAAAUACUGGUUGAAUGUUUAAAGAUAGUGUAAAGUAUGAAAAUUAUCUAUAAUUGUACUUCUCAGAGAUAAAUAACCAUUGUUAAUAUUAUGAUAGUUUUCUAGUUUUAUUUUCUAUGAGUGUGCUUACAUAUUUACAAGUGCCUAUGAUUAUAUGUGAAACCCUAUUUUAUUGAGGGUAAAGAUGAGCAUGUUUUACUAUAUGUCUCUGAAAUCAGGGGUAUGCCAUGAUGUAAUUGUCUGCAUUUUUCAUUUUCAGUGGCACAUAAAAUGAGGAUGUAUCUUACAGCACCUUAGAUUUGAUGAAACACAAUAUAUAUCUGAAACAAGUGAGAUUAUGAUGUUCAGCUCCUGCCCCGCCUAAAUAUCUCGAGUGGCUUCCCGUAUCCCUGUUUAGACCUAUCUCAUUGUUAACAUAUCUAGUGUAUUAUUAUAGGUGUAUCAUUAAUUGUUCAGCCAGUUUCUCUUGGUAGGCACUUGGAGCUCUUCCAGCUUUUGUGUGUGUGUGACGAACAGUGCUGUGAUGAAUAUCCUUGCACAUAUCUAUGCACUUGACUGGAAUUUCUUUUGAUAAAAUACUUAGAUCCAUGGGUUCCAUUGCAGCCUUUGAAGGAGACAGAUUUCAUCCUUUGGCUACUAGCAAAAGAUGGUGGAUCGCUUGGCAAACAGUGAAGCAAAUACUAGACGUAUAAAUAUAGUAGAAAACUGUUUUGGAGCAGCUGGUCAACCCUUAACUAUACCUGGAAGGGUUCUUAUUGGAGAAGGAGUAUUGACUAAGUUGUGCAGAAAAAAGCCUAAAGCAAGGCAGUUUUUCUUAUUUAAUGAUAUUCUUGUAUAUGGCAAUAUUGUCAUCCAGAAGAAAAAAUAUAACAAACAACAUAUUAUUCCCCUGGAAAAUGUCACUAUUGAUUCCAUCAAAGAUGAGGGAGACUUGAGGAAUGGAUGGCUCAUCAAGACACCAACUAAAUCAUUUGCAGUUUAUGCUGCCACUGCCACUGAGAAGUCAGAAUGGAUGAAUCACAUAAAUAAAUGUGUCACUGAUUUACUCUCCAAAAGUGGGAAGACACCCAGUAACGAACAUGCUGCUGUCUGGGUUCCUGACUCUGAGGCAACUGUCUGUAUGCGUUGUCAGAAAGCAAAAUUCACACCUGUAAAUCGUCGUCACCAUUGCCGCAAAUGUGGUUUUGUUGUCUGUGGGCCCUGCUCUGAAAAGAGAUUUCUUCUUCCAAGCCAGUCCUCUAAGCCUGUGCGGAUUUGUGACUUCUGCUAUGACCUCCUUUCUACCGGGGACAUGGCCUCGUGCCAGCCUACUAGGUCAGACUCUUACAGCCAGUCACUGAAGUCUCCUUUAAAUGAUGUAUCUGAUGAUGAUGAUGAUGAUGACAGCAGUGACUAAGGACAUAUUUUGAAGUAUUUAAUUGGGUGUGACUACCUAAGAAAUCAGCUCUGGGGGGAAUGUAGAAUUCUGAGCUUUCUCUCAGUUUUGCUCCAGCCGUGAAUUUGCCUGAGAAACUUUUAACCUAUGUGCCUCAAUAUAUUCUAUAGUAAAUAGGUCCUAUCAUUUUGUCCCCACCCACACCUGACUCCCCACUCUUCUACAGGGAUAGACUUUUGCAAAUCUAUCAGAUAAAUUUUUGGUUUCUUCUUGUUUAAUUUUAGGUUAUUUUGUUGGAAGGCUGGGGAAAUGGUUUUUUUUAACAGAUCACGUAUUACAUUGAUGUUUACCAUAUGUUCUAUUAUAUGGAAAUCCUAAAAGCAAAAAAAUGAUGGAAAAAUUUGUAUAACAUGGUUAGCUAAUAUUAUUAGCUUUUCCCCAACCAUCCUAUCUAAUGGUUAAGACACCAGUAACAAAAAACAUGAUUUGAAAAUACUUUGUUUGGCUUUUUCAUAUACCAGGUGGUGCCUUAUCAUAACAGCACUGUAACAUGAAAUAAGCCCCUCCCUUUUCUCUUUCUUUUGAAAAUACACUGGUGCUCUUUGAGGUGAUAAAGUGAGCGUUUUUGAAUGGGUGUAAUUAGAAUAUACUUCUCAUCUGCAAGCUACAGGUAACUAAAUUUAGAGCCUCUUCAUUCUAUAUGAAUAAAUAUUUUUCCAUAAAAUAGUUGUGAUUAUAUUUUUAUGUUUUAUAGGUACCAAAUUAUAAUUAUCAAAUAUAUAUUUUAAAUUAAUAGGUUGUCAUUCUUAGGAUUUGAUUUGAAAUUUAUCAAAUACAGAAUUGUCACAUUAGUUUCUACUUUUAGUAAAGCAUAUUUGUAGGUAUAAAUUCAUCUGCUUUAACAUUAUUUCUCGAAUGAAAAAUCUUAUAAAACCUCUUAAAUUAAACAGUCUCUUUUAAAAAAAAAAAUCUCAUGAUAGAACACAGAUCUGCUUAGGCUGAAGACUUGGAAGAAAUAAUGUGUAAGAAUGGUGAAGGCGGACCAGUUAAGUUUGACUAGACUUUGUAUCGGGGGAAGUAUUGUCUAUUUCAGUGUGAAACUAUCUUGAAUUUGCAAAUAUAGUGUUAUAUUUUAUAAAGUUUUGUAAAGUCCCAAACAAUAUUUCUAUUUUUGUAAAACAGUUACAUGUUUAAUCUGUUUCUGAAAUCAUUUUGCAGUCUGUAGAAAUAGAGUAGCAAUUGAUCUUUCUAAAUUGUAAACUUUAUUGAGUUGGUCUCGAUUGCUUUUGAGAAUUAGUAACUUUUCACUCUUUGCUUUUGAGGCAGCCAUUUAGGUUGAAAGUAUAUUUAUCAUAUAAAACUUGAUGCGUUUUGCACUAUUCUCUCCAUUUGUAUGCUGCAAAUAACUACAGUCUUUCAAAUAUGGAAAAAUCAGCCUAAAUUUUGUUUUAAAUUUCAAAUUUUUCGUUUUUAAAUAUUUAAAUCUGGAUAUAUUGCAAAUGUCAUGACUGUUUGAUUCAGUAAUGUGAUGGAGAUUUUUUAGGUUUGGUCAAGGCACUCAUUUUACUGUUAAAUUGAAAACAUCUGAGAUACACAGAUUUUCCUGUAGGAAAUGUGAAACUAAGACACGACAGUUUUUUUGUUUGUUUUAAUAUCAGAUGGACAUUUGUUUCCAAGCAACAUAUACGUAUAAUUAACCAACAUUAUCUCAAAAAGACCAUGAAAACUGAGAAGUGCUAAUGGAGACGCUGGUACGUAGGAACCGGCAAAUUCAAGAACCAAGAGGAAAUGUUCUGGAUGACAUUUGCAUUGUCAACCUCUGUUGACUCUGUUUUUACAAUAAAAAAGAUUUUACAGCUUAA